AUGGAUCAAGAACAUUUAGAUACAGACUACGAUGUCAUCGUUUUGGGUACUGGUAUCACAGAAUGUAUAUUGUCCGGUUUACUAUCUGUAGAUGGCCAAAAGGUACUACAUAUCGAUAAACAGGACCAUUACGGUGCUGAAGCUGCAUCUGUAACCUUAUCUCAACUUUAUGAUAAGUUCAAACAAAACCCAAUUUCAAAAGAAGACAGAGAAACUAAAUUCGGUAAAGAUAGGGACUGGAACGUAGAUUUGAUCCCAAAGUUCUUAAUGGCAAAUGGUGAACUGACUAAUAUCCUAAUCCAUACUGACGUUACAAGAUAUGUCGAUUUUAAACAGGUUUCAGGGUCUUAUGUCUUCAAAAGUGGGAAAAUUUAUAAAGUCCCUGCAAAUGAAAUCGAAGCAAUUUCUUCUCCUUUAAUGGGUAUCUUUGAAAAACGUAGAAUGAAGAAAUUUUUAGAGUGGAUUAGUACAUACAAUGAAGAUGAAAAAUCUACUCAUCAAGGUUUGGAUCUAGAUUCAAAUACAAUGGAUGAAGUUUAUUAUAAAUUCGGUUUGGGAAAUUCAACAAAAGAAUUCAUAGGCCAUUCAAUGGCCCUUUGGACAAAUGAUGACUAUUUACAAAUGUCCGCAAGACCUACAUAUGAAAGAAUAUUAUUAUAUUGUCAAAGUGUUGCAAAAUAUGGGAAAUCUCCUUACUUGUAUCCAAUGUACGGUUUAGGCGAACUACCACAAGGUUUUGCUCGUCUAUCUGCUAUCUACGGUGGUACCUACAUGCUAGAUACUCCAAUAAAAAAUGUGCUUUAUAAUGAUCAAAACAAAUUCGAAGGUAUAGAAACAAAAUUAGGCACUUUUAAAGCACCAAAGGUAAUAGCUGAUCCAACUUACUUCCCAGAUAAAUGUAAAUCUACAGGUCAGCGAGUAAUCAGAGCAAUCUGUAUCCUAAACCACCCUGUGCCAGGCACUGGUAAUAGUGAUUCAUUGCAAAUUAUAAUACCACAAAGUCAGGUCAAUAGAUCAAAUGAUAUAUAUAUUGCAGUGGUCUCUGAUGCUCACAACGUAUGUGCAAAGGGCCAUUAUCUAGCAAUUAUAUCGACUAUAGUUGAAACAGAUCAACCACAUGUUGAAUUGGAACCCGCUUUCAAAUUAUUGGGUCCGAUCGAAGAGAAGUUUAUGGGAAUAGCAGAACUAUUCGAAUCAAAGGAAGACGGCUCAAAAGAUAAUAUAUUUUUAUCAAGAUCUUACGACUCUUCCUCCCAUUUUGAAUCAAUGACUGAUGAUGUUAAAGAUAUUUACUUCCGAGUCACAGGUCAUCCAUUAGUUUUGAAAACUAGAGAACCUGAAGAAGAAAUAUAA